ACAACAACAACAGCGAUAACAAAAAAAAGAAAGGCACAAAAAUCUCCAGCAAAAAAAAAAAACGCAAACAAGAAAGCACCAGGAAGAAUCGUCCUCCCAACAUUAAAAAAAUAAAUAAAUGAAAAACAAACAAAAUUUGAGGGAGGGUAUACAAUGUUUUAUAUAAGAGGCCAUCCGAUUGGUUGAAUUGUACACGAGUAUCCAAUCGUGUGUAAUUUAUUAUGAGGCUGUACGGCAAUGUUUCUCAAACCACCAACAAUUGCAACAAUGAAAUGGAAAUAACAGUAAAAAAAGUCAUCGAAACGUGUCUUCUAAAUAAAAACACAGUGGAAACAUUCGACUGAUCCUUUAUUUAUAUAUAUUCAUAUAUCGAUACGGCUUCGUUGUUUCUUUCUCGCUUUUUGGAGGCCUUGAUCGAGACUGUUUCUGGCAGCGAAUAAUCUGAUUUUAUGGAAUGGACUACCUUUUUAUAUUCUAGAAAACCUCAACUGACUGACUCCAGUGAAUUUACUAAUAAAAAAAGCUUACCAAAUCUUCUGAAAGACUGGUGCUAUAAGAUACACACGCAUGCACACACAUACUAACAUGAUUAAUAUCUGAAAGAAAGACCAAAAAAAAAAAAACUGUUUUUAUGAUUCCUUAUUGUUGUGAUUCUAUGGCAUUGCUGUUCAAUGCCAAUUACUGACUGGUCAUCCUUGUUCCAGCCUUCAUCAUAAUGAUAUUCACAGAAUGGUUUGCCUCAGUGAAGUAAUUCUGUCACCUUUACAUCCGACUGGAACGAUUGAAACUGAAAUUUUUUGAAGAGAUAUCUUUGAGAAUUUGUUGGAAGAAAUUCCUCUACCAUGUUUCUUGUUGGCGAGACAUUUUAACUUGUGUAGCUUGAAGAAUUAGCUGUAUUCGCAAAAAUGGAUUCUUCAAGAGACAUUGCCAAAACAGAGAUGUCUGCAAACAUCCUGGAAAUUCCGUUUGAUUUGAAGAUGAGUUCUAGCCGAACCAUUCGGUCGAAUAAGACUGCAGCAAACAACUUCCGAGAAUAUCUGAGGGAGAAAGGAUUUAACGAGAAGUUUGAAAACUUUGAUGUACCAACAUUGAACAAGAGUCUUGGAAAUUUCUACAUCGAUGCCAGGCAGGCUGAUGGCACUCACUAUAAAGUGAACUCUUUAGAAAACUUUCGAUAUGGAUUAAACCGAUACUUGAGGUCAGCACCUUAUUUUAGAAAAAUUGAUAUUAUCAAAGAUAAUGAGUUUUCCGAUGCCAAUCAGUUUUUCAAGGCAGCGAUCAUGGAAUUGAAAAGACUUGGUAAAGGCGAUGUCGAACAUCAUCCAGUGAUAACAAGUGCCGACCUAAAGUCUUUGUAUGAAUCUGCUUACUUUGACCCGAGCACACCGGCCGGGUUAUUGAAUAAGGUUCAGUUUGACAUACGCAUGUAUUUCUUUCGACGGGGAAUGGAAAACAUGUCCAAAAUGACGAAAUCGACAUUUGCCGUCAUGAAGGAUCCAGAAUCUGGAUUGAAAGUUGUUGUCAAAGUGGAUGAGUUUGGAUCCAGUCCGAAAGAGAACCAGUCUGAAAGCAUAACUGGGGUCAUGCCGGAGUCAGUGGGCAGCCGUUUGUGUCCGGUGAAGUCGUUUCAACUGUAUCUGAGUAAACUCCAUCCGGACUGCGACAGACUUUGGCAGAGACCAAGAGAGAAUUCAUUCUUUGAUGAUGACAUCUGGUACUGUCGAUCUGCUGUUGGUGAGAAAAACUUGGCCAAAUUCAUGUCUGGUCUGAGUAGAACAUGCUCUCUGUCCAGAACGUACACUAACCAUUCAAUAAGAGCUACUGGGGCAGCCAUUCUACGGAAAUACUUUGAAUCAAAUAUGAUAAUGGCUGUGAUGGGACAGAAGUCAGCUUCUUAUCUCUCUGGCUAUCAGCGUAUUAGCAACAAGGACAAGAUCUCUAUGGGGCAGGCAAUUACGGCAAACCUUUGCAGUGCAGAAUCGUCUGCGGACAACUCGUUUGCAGACGAAGAGAAAAAUACACAACAGACCACACCUACCACCUCUGAUAAUUCAGUGAAAACAUCUUCGUCACAGCUACAAAGCUUUGGUCUCACAGACUACAAUAAAGGUGUUAGCCAUUCGAUGGAUAUGCCUUUAAACCAGAGUCCUUGUCCGACAGACAAUUCCUGGUUAAAUAAAGAAUUAUCAUCAAAGCUACAGUCUGGCAGCUCUACGUCUAUGGAGAAAGUGAAAACAGUGGACCUUGUCAGUAAUAAAAGGUCCGUAAUGGCAUCGGAGAAUGUGGGAGCUUUGAAGGUGUUGCAAAGAUAUUCUGUUAGCAGCCAGAAUGAAAACAACAGAGAAAACCAGGAUAAUAUACACCACUCCAUGACGAUGUUGAAGGGGAAAAAUGACAUCUCUGUGGAGAAGUCUUCAGCUCAGAUGUCACCGAUUCCACUCGACAGUCCAGAUGUUUCCGAUGAGUUCAGCAUCGAGAUUUUGGGAGAUGAAGCUGAGGAGGAUGAGGAAGAGCAACAAAUUGUUAUUUCUGAACACCAACACAAUGUUAUGUCAAGUUUGGCCUUACUCUGGAAAAAUGGUAAACUCUGCGAUGCUGCCAUUGGUAAUGGCACCACAAAAAUAAUGGUUCACAAAGUCGUGCUGUUGGCAAUCUGUCCAAGACUGCUGUCUAUGUUUAAUGCAGAUGUACAAGCCAACCGUUUCCUGCAGGUAAAUUUCCCCCAAAGGGUCAGUCGAGAGGCCCUGACAGCCUUUGCUGAGUAUAUGUACAAUGGUGUCCUCAGUCUGACUCCCAGACUCUUAGACCAGUUACUGCUGAUCGCUCUACAGCUUGGAAUUAAAGAACUGGAAUUGCUCUGUGAUGCCAACUUGAUGACUACCCCAGACAACCGAAAGACUUCAACCUCCAGCCUUAAUAACAUCAAUUUACACUCUGGGCGUGGCUUCAGGACGACACCUGUUUACCAUCGGCAGCAGAACAAAGUCCGGCACAUUCAGCAACAGCAGCAACAACAACAACAGCAACAGCAACAACAGCAGUAUCUAAACUCGCAUUCAUUCAUUGAUGACUCGGAUGUUCCUAUGAACCAGAAGUUCCUGCAGGAGGCACAUGUUCGUCAAAGGUUUGGCUAUUCGUCAUUGCAUCAAGACCGCCAAUCCGAUAUGUAUCAGGUGGCCAACGCCAAUGUAGGUUCUUCGAGCGGAUCGGCAAAACUCGUAAGCUCUGUGGAUGAUUACCAGCUGGAUGAUGCCAUUAAGAUUGAACCAAUUAAUGUUGAUGAUGAGAAAUAUAGCCAACAUUCUGACAUGGAAGAUCACCUAAAUCCGGCCGUUUCAUCCAACUUCCAUCAAGCGACAGAGGAAUUGGUAAAUCAUGCUAACGAGUCUUCUCCUAAUGAGAAAGACAACAUCCCUACUUCAUCAUUUCAGCAUCUGUCAACAAACACUUCUAGUUUUUCCGACACGAGAUCUCUGAUUGACUUUCAAAACGGUUCCACUGUACGUCAGAGACAGUCGGCCAACAAGAGGAAUUCGUCAAAUAUUAGUUUCACUAUUAAAAACGAAAAUGUAAGCCAGUUAGAUAGCGACCAAGAUGACUGUGUAGAGGUGACCCCUAACGAAAGUACUGUCAGUUCUCGUAAGAUGAGUAAAUUAGAACUUUUUAGUUCCAGAAACUGUAUUGAUGUUGAAAUGUUACCUGAAUGUGAAAUGGGUUCGAUUCAGAUAACCGAUAUAAGAAGUGGUUCACACAACACUGCCGUGUCUUGAUUUUUAGUUAGUGCUGCUGAAAAAUAGAGAGAGAGAGAGAGGGAAAGAAAGAGUGAGAGAGAGUGAGAGAGCGGACAGAAGCAGGUGAGAGAAGAGGUGGGGGUCUUUUAGAAAGAAAGAAAACAAAGACAAAAACAAAAAGACAAAAAACAAACAGUAGCUUCUCAAUUUCUGUUUUCAUAUUCUUGGUUAAAUUUUUAUAUGUAGAACUUGAGAAGUGUUUGUGUGACCAACAACACACACCUACCUACCAAUCUGCCAGCCAGCCAGCCAACCACUACAAUAACAACAACAGAAAAUGACAAUAGCAUUAGUAACAAUUAUCUCAUCCUACUAAGUAGCCAUUUUAUUUAUUUACCAAUGGCGUGGUUUAAAAAUAAAAAUAAAAAUGAAUCACAAAUUUUUU